AUGGAAAUCACAUUUGGAUUCGUUGCUUACAGACCUCCAGACUCAACAUGGAGUCGUGCCAAAGAAGACACUUUGAUCCACUGCUGGGCGCACAACCAAUCGAAUGGAGUCACCAAGUCAGAAGCUCGGGAUCUCGUUCGACGAGUCGCUCAUGUCCUUCGCCAUCGUUUCGGCAUUGGCAAACAUGGCGCGGGCAAAGACGUUGUGCUUUGCGUGGCGUCCCUGAGUCCAUUCUACCCGAUCAUUCUGUACGCCAUCAUAGCCGCCGGAGGAGUCUACAGCGGAGCGAGUACCGCUUUCACUGCCAAUGAACUAGCUCGGCAGAUUCAAGAUUCUGAAGCCAAACUCCUGAUAUGCUCUGAGGAAUACGAACCACACAUGAAAGAAGCAGCACGGAAAUGUCGAAUCGCUUCAGAUCGAAUCCUCGUCAUGGACUCUGAGACACCUAACUCGUGGCAACUCUACAACCGGUCAGAACCCCAUUGCCUGGACUCCCCCGACGGUCGCAGUCGCAUGCUCGAAUGGACCCGCCUCACGUCCCUCCACGACCUCCAAAACACCACUACCUGUCUCCUCUACUCCUCCGGCACAACCGGCUUACCCAAAGGUGUCCGCCUCUCCCAUUGGAAUCUCGUAGCCGGGAACAUCAUCAGCAUGCAAGUAAGCUCCCACCUCCUCACUCGAGAUCCCAAUUUCCAAUACCGCACCCUCGCACACCUCCCCAUGGCCCACAUCGCCGGAAUCAUGAUGUAUGCGAUGAAUCCGGUCUACAUGGGCGGCACGGCGUAUUGGAUGCGAAACUACAAGUUUGAGGAGUUUGUGGGGUAUGCCGAGCAAUAUGGGAUUACGGUACAAUUUUCUGUCCCGCCGAUCUGGUUGCAGGUUUCCAAAGCUCCUCGGAGUGGGCUUUUUGAGGGCUUGGGGGUCGCGAUUGCGGGUGCGGCUCCCAUGGGGGUUGAAUUGGCUAGGGAAGUCAGUGGGAAGAUCGGGAAGGGAUUGUUCAUGACGCAGACCUGGGGAACUACGGAGACGACGGGUUCGAUCACGGCGACGGGUUGGGAUGUGAGGGAUGAGACGGGUAGCGUGGGCGGCAUACUACCCAAUACGAAACUCCGGAUUGUAGACGACGAUGGAGUAGAUGUGCCAGCGGGAGAGGUCGGCGAGCUGUUGGUGAAAGGGCCCGGUGUGAUGCAGGGAUAUCACCACAACGAAACCGCGACACGGGAAGCGAUUCGAGACGGAUGGUACGCUACUGGCGAUAUUGGGAAAGUCAAAGAUGGCUUGGUGUAUAUUGUAGACAGGAAGAAAGAACUGAUCAAGUAUAAGGGACUGCAGGUGGCUCCGGCGGAGUUGGAGGAUUGCUUGGUUGGUCAUGAGAAGAUCAAGGAUGCCGCUGUUAUCGGUGUGUUUUCGAAGGAGCUGGGGACGGAGGUGCCAAAGGCUUUUGUCGUUCGUGCUGAUGAGGGGUUUUCGGAACAGGACGUCAUGGAGUUUGUGAAGAGGAAUCUCGCGGGUCAUAAGCAGUUGAGAGGUGGUGUGGAAUUCAUUGACGUGAUUCCCAAGAGUCCGUCGGGGAAGAUUUUGAGGAAGGAAUUGAGGCAGCGACCAAGUGGCGAGACGAAAGCGAAGCUGUAG